AUAUUUUUUAUGCUUUGUAACAUUAUUUGUGUAAAAUAUUCAAUACACGAAUUGUGUAAUCCAGUAGGAGAUUGGAUUAACUUGAAAUAAGCGAAUAAUAAGUUUCAUACAUCAUAACCCGGUAUUACAAGAAACAAGAAACAAAAAAUAAGUGAAACGAAAAGUGAGCUGAGAAAGAAGCCAAAGCCGCGUUGAAAAACUGAAAGUUUACGGUUAUUGAUUGUGAUUUAUCUGCAUGCAACAACAACUCGGUGAAAAAUUGCAAGAGCUCUUCCAAUUGAGAUUAUGUGCGCAAAAACAACAAGUAUUCGCCGAUGUACGACAAAUCAAAGAAAACCUGGAGUCAACGGCUCAAGAUUACGAAAACCACAGAGAGCAGCAACGCCACAUCAGCAACAACCGCAAGCACAUACACGACGGAGUCCAACGCAACGGUGACAGGCUUACAUCAAUCGGAGAACCUAGCCGCUGCGGCAGCAAUAACAAGACAGACAAUAACGAAAACGAAAAUAACACAAGAUUCAGCAUAUAAUGCAAAUAAUUUUGGUCGCCACCAAGUACACGUACAGCAAUAUCAGACAGUGGCAGCAACAAUGCAUUUGCCAACACUGCAACUUAGUGAUUAUCACAUCGGCAAUGGUGGCGUCGGCGGUGGCGGUGUCAAUGGCGGCUAUGAGUAUUUACCAAGUUCCCUCUCACGCUCUAUGAAAUACGCCGAGCCAUGGAUCUACGGCACCGUCCGCGGCAUACCCGCGCGUCCGUCAUACCACCACUUUAUGCCGCAGGCAUCAUCGUCACCCGGCAAUUAUAUGCAGCCGUUGGCGGUGGUCAUCUGUUCGUGCCCGGAGUACUUGAACGGCACCAAACGCGAUGCGAAGAAGGCGAGCGUAUGUAAAAAGUGUAAAGGUUCACGCCUACCACUGACGCCCAUCGGUGGCACUAUGCGUCUCGCAGCUGGCGGUAUGCUGGCCACCACGAAAAUGCGUAACAGUGGUGCUGCCACCGUACGAGUAGUAAGCACUUCGAAAAAAGCACGUCCCACCAUACUUGACCCGCAGAAAGAUCCGUAUGAUUUGAUGCGGCGUACGCGUCUGCUGUCACCCGAGCCGGGCAACAGUAGCAGUGCCAGUGGUGGUGGACGCGACGCGGCAGGUAGCACACGAGAUAAAGACAAACUGCGUAGUCGUGGCAAGAGUACAAGUCCCGUACGUGGACGUAGCCGUAAACGUGGUCAGUUGCCAACGUCGUACCACCACAAGCAUAAUGUGUCCAACGGUAGUAUGCGGGAGGAGCCCGAUUGCUGGCUGGUAGAGGACACAGAUACGCUUUUAAACGCCACCGGCACAAUCAGUGGCGAGAGUAAUGCCACACGGCGUUCCAUAUUACGCUGCAAUGUAAAUCCAUAUGACCUGAUCUCACAUAGCCAAUCUUCGAGCAGCGGUGGCUCAACAACACCCACAACACCAACACGCUGCAAACCAGCCACGCCAACUGCCGGCUCCAGCGCCAAAUCUGCUUCACAGAAUGAGUUCAUGCCACCAAAUGACGACUUUAAUGUGGCAGACGCCGCACUUACCGAAGAAGCGCCACCAUUUGCCUCCAACCUGGUAGUUGGCGCAUCACGCAUGACUGCCAACAGCAAUAAUCAAGCAGCGCAAACGCUACGCGCGCCGAAAUCAAAGGCAGAAAAUAAAAGUACGGUAUUGCGACGUGAGAGUCGCACAGCUGGCGCGCCAAAUACGUGUGUAAACAAUAGCGAGGAGGAUGGUAGCAGCUCAUAUGACGAAGAGAUACACGGCAAACGCAACUACAAUAAUGUUCAAGCAAUUGCCGGGCAACGCAUUAGCUUGGGUGGCAAAACUACAACCAAAUCAUUAAUCAAACAAAACGAGGAUGGGCGCAGCUAUGAGAGCAUUGUAGUCGCUGAAACGACGAAAAAGUCUGCGAGCAAACAGCAGUCCAAACGUAAUGAAAUGCAGGGAAAAUCACACGAUUCCUCCUCCACGACGCCAACGUCCACACAACCAAGUCGGCCGCCACGUCUACGCAAAUCUGAAUCGAGUGAAAGUGCUGAUAGCGAAGCGGAACAUAGCCGCUCUAAGGGUGAGGCUAGUAAAUCGGCUGCCAACGCACUAGACGGGGAACGUGUUAUGGUAUUGACAGUAACGCCAAACCAAAACAUCAAGUCGAUACUGAAACGUCCCACAUCCAGUACCUCAGAAAGCGGCGCCGACUCGCCAAUUGCCAAGGAUCAGCAAACAUUAUUACCCGUUGGAGCAGCUAGCAUUGGCGCAAAAGCAAUGACACCUAGUAAUCAACGUCGUACAGCCGCAGCGAGCCCCUCGCCCACGACCAAAUCGCAAUUUUACAUUCCACUGCCACAGACACGAAAGAAAGUGCAGUUUCGCGAAGAAGAGCGCAUCGUACAUGCGUUAGACUGUGACAUGGCGAGCAGUGAUGAAGCCACUGAGUUCGCUGAAAUGCAAGAGAUUUCAACUGACAAAGAGGAUGGCAAAGGGUUGGACGAUGCCAGCCAUCAUCAGUCGCCCAAAUCCACAACCAAUUACGAGUAUUACAAUCGCAAACGCGAACAACAGCGCUUACAACGUCUGGAAAAUAUUUCCGAAGCCGAAAGCACACAUCGUCACGGACAAGCGACGCCGUUGUCACUAACGCUGCCAACACAGGAUGCGUUGCUAGCGGAAUUGCAACAAUAUUCCGAUUUUGUAACGCAAGUGAUUGCUCAAGCAAGCAAUAGCUACAUUAACAACAACAAGAAUAGCGCUGAAAAUGCGGUGCACGAUUAUGAUGGCUAUAAUUUUGAUGAGGCAGCCAUUGAAAUGCGUGCUGCAGCCUCCAGCAGUGCAACAGACGCAAUGCAUUAUGAGGAUUUAAGUCCCAUAACUAGUGACGCAGGCGGCGAAGACCCCACCACUGCUAGCAGUUACGUUAGCAGUAAUAAAAACAGCACUAGCGGCGGCAGCCAACAGCAACAAAGUUGCAGUACCGACGAGAAAACUGUGUCAUUUGGUGGCACGAAAAUGUUGCUUACUCAACAAAAUGCCGGCAGGUCGGCGCAUUCAUCACCAGCAAUAAAGGCAGCAACGAUAGUGGCGACAUCAUCGACAUCAUUACCGCCAACAACAAAAGCCACAAACGCUCAAUCACUUGCCGCAGCAACAGUGGUGGCAGCAUCUGCCGCCGUGUCACAUGUCAUACGCAGUGACAAAAAUGAUGAUUAUGAUGAUGAUGCCGCUAACGCUGUUGGCGCUGAUGGCCAACAGGACGCAGUCAAUAAAGGCAGCAACAACAACGACAACAGCAAUAACAACAGCAACGGCGACAACGAGAGCAGCGAUGAGGAUGUGUACGAGGACGCGCACGACGACAGCGCUGACGACGAUAAGAACUACAGCCUGUUGGGCAGUACGGUGGCUUUGACCACAGCCCGGGCAUCCACUGGCGCUGAUGAUGUGUUAAAAGCAGAGCUCGCAUGGACGCCAAUAGGGCAGUGGCCUGUUAAAGAUUCCACAACUAGCUUUAUUGAGGGCAAAGAGAUUACUAGAUCACCUGCCAUCAAUCCUGGGCCAAAACACUUUUGA